AGUUUAAGUAAGAGGGCAUACUUCUCCCACUUUUGUGAAUUUGCUGCCUUAUAUGGUCAAACUGUGGAAGGGGAUUUGGUAGAGAAAUGCAGCUCGGGCAGCACACAGCUUCAGUCAGUCUCAUGCAGUGAGAGAGCACUGAGAGGACAGAGGAGCAGGGUGGAUGUGUGUCAUAGACUGGACACACACUUACACAGCAGGAGAGUGAGGACAGCUGGCAGUGUGUAAGAUGCGUUAUGGCGUCACAGGGCUCAUGGCAGGGAUAAGCAGAGGAGCUUAACGCAGCCUGGAACGAGGGAGCUGCAGAUGAGGAACGAUGACGGAGCGUUAUGACUGUCACUACUGUAAGGAGUCCCUGUUUGGGAAAAAGUAUGUCCUACGGGAGGAGAACCCAUACUGUGUAAAGUGCUAUGAAAGCCUGUACUCCAACACCUGUGAGGAGUGCAAGAAGCCUAUCGGUUGCAACAGCAGGGACCUGUCAUACAAGGACCGCCACUGGCAUGAGGACUGUUUCCACUGCUUCCAGUGUAAGCGCUCACUGGUGGACAAACCGUUCUCCACCAAGGAUGAGCAGCUGCUGUGUACGGAGUGCUACUCCAAUGAGUACUCCUCCAAGUGCCACGAGUGCAACAAGACCAUCAUGCCUGGCUCCAGGAAGAUGGAGCAUAAGGGCAACAGCUGGCAUGAGACUUGCUUCACCUGUAAGCGCUGCCAGCAGCCCAUUGGAACCAAGAGCUUCAUCCCUAAGGACAACAACAACUAUUGCGUGCCAUGCUAUGAGAAGCAGUUUGCUAUGCAGUGUGUGCACUGCAAGAAGCCCAUCACCACCAGCGGUGUGACCUACCACGACCAGCCAUGGCACAAGGACUGCUUCCUGUGCACCGGCUGUAAGCAGCAGCUUUCUGGCCAGCGCUUCACCUCUCGUGAUGACUUUGCCUACUGCCUCAACUGCUUCUGUAACCUGUAUGCCAAGAAGUGCGCCUCCUGCACUUCCCCGAUCAGUGGGCUUGGAGGGAGCAAGUAUAUCUCUUUCGAGGAGCGCCAGUGGCACAACGACUGUUUCAACUGCAAGAAGUGCUCGGUGUCUCUCGUGGGCCGAGGCUUCCUGACCGAGAGGGAUGACAUCCUGUGCCCGGAGUGUGGCAAAGACAUCUAAGAAAAUUUCACACAAAACCUAAAGCAUAGCAGCAUAAGGAAUUCCUGAUACACUUAUAUACACCUUUAUCAUAGCCACGGAUUUUAGUACCACUGAUUAUAAAAGUGUAUUAUUUUAGAACAGAGAAAAAUAUUAUUUUCAAUUUUAUCAUCAAUAACAGCUUCAGCACUCUAUGUGAGAAUGCAAUAAAUGUCACGGAUAGAUUUUGCCUAGAUGUUUAUUUCCUUUAUGGCAUAUGAGCAAUAGGGGCUACAAAAAAAUUAAAACGACAAAAAAAAUAUUAGCUUUGAACCUUUAAAACUAGAUGAUUAUGAUGAAUAUUAACACACUAACCAGUUUAACAUGAACUAUGAUAGUGAGCCUUUAUGAAUGGUUCCUCUUUUCACGAUCGUCUAAUACAGUGCAAUAAAUAAAAGAAUAAAAAGCGAAGUAAGAUUCUACCUGGAAUUAUAUCUGUGAAGAUUUCUCAAUAAUGCUUGUAUGUAUUAAACAAUGUAUGUAUCAAGAAAAUAAAAUGUAUUAAAACCUG